AUUCUAACAGCAAGAUUCUAGUCUGUAUAGUUAAGUGAAGACUAAAUUUUAGAUCAACACUAUUCUUUCAUAUAAAAAUGGCUGCAAACGGAAAUCAAAUCGUUAAUAUUCCGCAAGGAUUUUUCGAUUCGAAGGAAGAAGCAACAGAAGUUAUAAGUUCCAUUCGCAACCCACAAGACGAAGACGAUAGAAGAAGAAUAAGGGAAAAUUAUAGAAAGCUCCAAGAUGAUUUGUUAGAACGCAGACGGGAAAUGAUAGAUCCAUCUGAUGAGCAGAACCUGUUAAAAGAGAAUGUCUUUAAAGUUGACCAAAUGUUUAAAGAAGUUCAGAUGACCAGAGAGGGAGCUUUAGAUUCAGCAAGUCUUGCAAACAUAUCUGAAUUAGGAAAGGCUAAAGCUCAAGCUUUGAAAACAGAUUUUAUUCAGUUUAAUCCAGUAGAUUUUUGUGAAAAAGUUAAAGUAAUCAUUGCUGGAGAUGUUGACCAACAAGGACUAUCAUAUGAAAAUUGGAAAACACUUGGAAAAGCUGUUUUUCCAUUUUUCAAAAGGACACCAGUUCUAAAAUACAUGUGCGGUACUUUUGAGCGAGGGGAUGUGAAUUUAAAGAGAGCUAAGCCAACACGGGAAAAGGAAAAAGAAAAUGUUUUAAGUCAAAAGGCUUCCAAACCAACUCAACUGUCAUCAUUUGAAGACACAGAUCGAGGAGAAUUAACCACAGCCCAUGUUGAGCAUAUUCUCAGCACAUUAUGGAGGUAUUAUGAUGAAAUUAAGGCUCCCUUAUGCUAUUUUGAGUUUGUGACCAAUCCCCACUCGUUUGGCCAGACUGUUGAAAAUAUAUUUUAUACUUCAUUUUUAGUCAGGGAUGGACAUGCUAGUGUUACACUUGAUACAGAUGAUUUACCUGUUAUAGAGCCAAUUCAGAAAGCUGAUGGGGGAGCUAAUCAAGAGCAAACUCACAAGCAGCAGAUUAUAAUAUCGAUCACACCUUCUGAGUGGGAGGAAAUUGUGAAAACUUUUGAGAUUCAUACUCCCAUGAUUGAGAGUUUAAAGAGAACUGAAGCAUCAUCAAGACCAAGUACAGUAACUAACUCUCCUGAAAUUCCAGUUUAUCACGGGAAAGGCAAGGGUAAAAUAGAAGUAAAAGAUGAAAAUCAUUUUUAGUGUAUGCAAGUCACUUUUAAUUAAUCGUUUACUUUUUUUUAAAAUAAUUUAACAGUUUGGGA